AUGCGCAUCCUUUCGGUCACUGCGCUCGGACUCGCCUGUGUCCUGGCGUUCGCCGGCGUGCAGGGUAUCAGUGUGCUGGAGGAGGAGGAGCAGCGCAACACCGCUCUGUCGGCCAACAUGAACAACUACAUCGACGUGGUGAUGAUCCAGGUCGGCCCCUGGAUGAACCAGCAUCUCGUCCCAAUGUCGCUACCGGACGUGGUGGAAGGAUUCGAGCACCGCCCCAUCCUGAUCACCUACCAUGGCGAGCUGGCCCUCACGAACGGCGUGUUCCACACGAUCCACAGCGUCGGUCGCAACGGAAACGCCAUGAUGCACUACGACCGCCAAUUACUGCGCGUUACCGUCGGUGCCAACAUUCGCCAGCUGGGCUUCACCUAUGACUACUCGGCGCACAUUAUGGAUCUCGGCCCAUCCGGGUUCGUCGACGUGGACGUGGCCACGAUGACUUUCACCAGCGAGUUCAUCAUCGACCUGAAGGAUUUCUACAUCUUUAUGCAGGACUUCCGUUUCACCAACAUGGGCAACCUGAGCAUUCGCUUCCGAGGUAAUAUCCUCGUGGACUGGCUGGCCAACAUCUUCGUGAACGUCAUCACGACCAUCUUCCGCAACACGAUCACGAACAUCGUCUCGAACGGUGUACGCGAUUUCCUCCAGGCCACUCUGGAUGAUAUGAACAGUCGGCUGCAGGGUCGUGCAAUCACCGAGCAGGAGGCUGCCGUUCUGGUUGAGCAGCUGCGGAAAAUGCUCACCCACUAG